AUGUCAGAAAUCGAAGUCUCGAAGGAGGAAAGCGUAAUCGAAAAUAACAACGAAGAACAAAUCAAGAAGGCCUUGCUCGACCCAACCAAAAAGAGAAAAGCUGAAGAUGAAAUUGAAAUCAACUUGAAGAGUUCAGUUCCCCUUUCAAAAAAACAAAAGCGUCUCUUGAGAAGGGGGAAAGUUACUUUAGAAGAGUUGAACGCUAAGUACAACAUUGAUCCUAAGUCCAUAGAAGAAUACAAAGAAGAUACCGGAAAGAAAGAAUCUGGUGACGCAAAAAAGAGUACCCAAGAUGGUGAAUCUGCGACCGACACUGUAACAACUGAAGAUGCUGCUGCAAUAAAGAAGAAAGAGGAAAAUAAAUAUGGUGUUUGGAUCGGGAAUUUGUCUUUCGAGACUACAAAAGAUGAUUUAGUCAGGUUCUUCAUUGCUAAGACAAGAGACAACGAAGAGGAAAAAAGCAGAGUUAAUGAAAAAGAUAUAACCAGACUAUCUAUGCCACGUGUUGCCGCCAAGAACUCCAACUCUAUGAAGAAUAAAGGAUUUUGCUACAUGUUUUUCAAGAACGUCGAGCAAAUGAAAGCAGUCUUAGAAUUAUCUGAGUCUCACUUGAACGGAAGAAACAUGCUAAUCAAGGACUCUGAGAAUUAUUCAGGCAGACCAGAUAAGGAUGACUUAGUUGCCAUGUCCAAAAACCCACCUUCUAGGAUCCUAUUCGUUGGUAAUUUGUCAUUCGAUGUUACUGACGAUUUGCUUAGAAAACAUUUUCAACAUUGUGGUGACGUUGUGAAGAUCCGUAUGGCAACAUUCGAAGAUAGUGGUAAAUGUAAAGGGUUCGCAUUCAUUGACUUUAAAAAUGAGGAAGGAUCUACCAAUGCUUUGAAGGAUAAAAGUUGUAGAAAGAUUGCAGGUAGACCAUUGAGAAUGGAAUACGGUGAAGAUAGAAGUAAAAGACAAGUUCGUAAGAAGGUUGAAAAUGUAACUCAUGAUAAACCCCGUUCAUUUGAUAUUUCUGACAACAGAAGAUACGACAGUCCAAGACAAGACAGCGGCAACAAGCCUGAAUAUAAGAGGUCCAACGCCAACAGGCGUCCACCCGUGGAUUCCAAUAACCGUACAAAGAGUAGUGUGGCUUUAGCUACGGCGCAAAGAGGGUCUGCAGCCAUUGUCCCAUCGCAAGGUAAGAAAGUGAAGUUUGACUAG